UGAAAACGCCGUUUUCAAAUUUCUCGGGCGUAGUGUGGACGGGACAUUAUUGUGAAAAAUUUUGUUCCAGGAAUGUCGCCUCUAUCAGUCUCCCCCUUAAGUAAUGCGAUAGAUAGGACAUAAAGUAACUUGAUUUCUGAGUCACUUAUCUAGAAAACGGUGUCUAGCAUUUAUUUAUAUUUAUUCUACUUUCAUAUUAUAUUGAUUACGUUUUCCAGGUAUGGUAAGUUUUCUUUUGUUUCUUUAUUGGUGUUCUACUCUACUGUAAGUUUUGUAUUUCUGAAUAUUUAAUCUUUUUUUAAAAAAAUGUUAACUCUUGCACAUUUUUAGGACCCCAUAUGGCUGGCAUUCCAGAAGUUGACUCAUCAGGCAGCACCGACAGUCUGAGCCCUUUGAGCAACAUGUCAGGACACGGACCUUUUCCACUCUACAUUUUCACUCCAGCCGGUUACACGACAAAACUUUCUUUGUUGGUAUCAAUGGGGACUGUGGGACUGUUGGGCUUCGUGGGGAGUUGUUUAAUACUGUGUUUUAUUUCCUCGAGGAGACAGGCGUUAUACCUGCAGUCAAGUCGCUUCACGAAAAAUCUCAAUUUCUAUAUACAGAGCUUAGCUCUCUCCGACAUGUUCUCUGCCAUAGUAUCACUUCCCCUAACUUGCAUCCAGAUUUAUUUUGACCUCUUUCAAACUCACUGGGCUUGUAAGAUAGUUCGCUACAUCAACAUUGUGUUCCCUAUUAUAACUAUCAAUAAUUUGGUAGUGAUAGGUAUGGAGAAGUAUUUAUCGUUAAGGAGAGUGCCCCGCACCUUAAAAGUCUCAACGGUUCGUAAAUUGAUCUUUCUCGCCUGGUUAGCUGGAUUUGCGAUAACUCUGGUUCCUGCUGCCACAUUUAGGGGGAUUAGGUACGAUCUAAAUGCGACCCACUUCACGGUCAUCUGCAAGUAUGAUAGAGAAUACUUACCAUUUCGACUUAUGUUUCUAUCAUUUACUGUAGUAGUGUAUGUUCUCCCCAGUAUAUUUCUCAUAGUGGUGAAUAUCUCAUUAGUUAGAACGGUGUGGGUCAAAGUCAAAAUGACAAUUUCCAUUCAGGUAAAGAACCCCAUCAAGGCAAGACUGAGGGCUGCGAAAAUUCGAGGAACGUUUCUUCUAAUUGCUAUCACGUUCGCCUUUGUCAUUCCCUAUUUUGCGUAUUUGGGUUACGUGACAUACAACAUGAUCGCCAAACCCGAUAUUGAUUUUCAAACAGAUUACAUAAUUCGCUAUGCUAGCGGGGUGCUCGCAUUUUCCAACAGUGCUAUCAAUUUUGCUAUAUACAUUGUGCAGAUGAAAGAUUUCAGGGUAUUUCUAAAGAAAAUUGUUUGUGGUUCGAGUUUUGUUGAGCAUUCUGUAGAGAGCUACCCUAUGCGGGGUACGACUUUAGAAACUGCUCAGCAGGCCAUGGAAAUGAACAAGAUCGAGCCAAGGGAUAAAAUAUGUGUUAAGUAAAGAAGUUAAAGUUAGCUACCAAUAGUGACACCGAGGAAGUUUGGUGGUGAACGGGCUGGAAGCAUUUUGUCUCCCUAAAACAGCUUCCAUCUUAAACACUAACACUGAGGGCGCUUAAAGUCCAGGCGUUUCUUCCUUAGCAGUGGUAAACCAAAAUAGAGACUUCCUGGUUUUUUCUCAAUCAUGCCCUAGAGGUGCAAUAUCUCCUCUAUGAAUGACUUACCCAAUCUUCCUAAUCAUGCAAUAAUUAACAACAGUUGCAAAAAUGUUGUUAACAGAUAAUUUGCACCUGACUCCAUCAGAAUUGUAAAUUGCGAACCACUUUUUCCAUAAGGUUGUUCAUUUUGGGCAUGUCCUUUGUGUUAUAAACAAUGAAAAAGUUCAUGCAUAUUCUUAUCUACCACUAUAAGCUAAUGUUAAAGACGCGUUGCUUUAAAACUGACACCGGUCGUGGAUCCCCCUCCCCCCCGAGAUCCACUAUUUUUACUCUGUCUAUCGGCCUUAAAAUGUAAAACUGUAGUAAAACGGUAGUGCACUAGUCAAGGAAGCUAUUCAUAGUUUUAGUCGUUUCUGGGACUUGUUUUGGUUUGCAUGUCGGUGACAGAAAGUUUAACACCGAUAUGGCCGAUAUGGCAUGUAAAGAAAAUAGACUUGAAAGGGGAUCUUAAGAAACACAUCCAAAUCAAUACCAUUGCCACUUUAUUUUAUUUAUCUCUAAUUUUUUCUGCACUGCAGUUAUUUUUUUGCUGAUAAUAAAAUAUUUAAUAUAUACUACACGCAGCCGCUGAAGCAUGGAGUAAAUGAAGGAGUUUGAAACAUACAUGUUCCAUCUGUGCAUUUUUUUAACCGAGAGAGGUUUCGCUGUCUUUAGGGAUUUUGACUAGUACAUGUACUCUGUGUUCACCAAACAAAUUUAUCACUUAAAAAUUCAUUCCCGACCAAAGAAAUACUGAAAUGGAAUAUCUUCAUUGACGUUUUUUCUUAAGCAUCUCAGCGGUACCUUAAAAUUUGAUUGGCUGAUUACGCCUGGCAGUUUUUCACUAUACAAACCACUAGUCACGGACCGCUCACAUCUCCUUGCUUGAACCUUUAGGUACUGGUUCACUUUGAACUAUGUAAGCUAUGUUUACGUAAAAAAAAAAAAA